AUGGCCAUAGCGACGCCCCUUCUAUCGCCUGGUAGACUACCGGACCUAACCCCAGCCGCACGUGGUCCACCCGGCUUCUUCGACGCUGGCUCCCCCUUCUCGUGUAGUACUCUGCUAUUCACUGCUUCGAUCGGCAGCGGCGUCUUGGCUUUGCCCUCGGCCGCUAAGGACGUUGGCCUCUAUCUUGGUAUCUUUAUAUUGAUGGUCGCAGGGCUCAUCACAGCCAUCAGUGAUGCGAUCCUCGGCCAAGCCGUGAGCAUAUCUGGCCAGAAAACCUAUGGUGGUAUUCUCGCGUGGAGUCUGGCGAACAGUAAAGGCAAUCUUGACAGAGGCAACUAUAGACUACCAGCCUUCGACGCUUUUAUGACGGUGUACCAAGGAGCCGCUAUUGUCACUUACCUCAUUUUCCUCGGCGACUUCAUUCCAUCUGUCCUUCAAGCGUGGCUCCAGAUUUCCCUCAGCCGUACUCUAGCCCUGGUCAGCAUCGUUUACAUCGUCGUAUUGCCUCUCUCUGUGGGCAGCGAGAUCUCCUCCUUGAGGGCAGUCGGAUCCUUCAGCAUCUGGGUCAUGCUUUCUACUGCUGUCCUCGCCUUGUGCAAAAUACCAUGGUCAGAGCUAGACACGGACCGACCAAAUAACAUGACGCAUGUCGGCUUCAACUGGCGCCAAGGUAAAUCACAACAAGACUGA